UGUGCCGCGUUUCUGUGUACGGUCAUACCGCGCCCGCGUAGAUUUAUUAGUAAUUUUCGAAUAUCCAAUGUAUUAACACUUGUCUAUCGAGUGUCUAGCUUUCGAAAAUAAUUGUGUUACCUCGACUGGCUCAGACGUUGGUUUAGUAAAUUGCUAAUUUUGGUUUAUUAGUGACGAAUACCGUGUUAGAAUAUGGGUUAGCGAGUGAAGAAACAAUGUGACAGUGAUUUUAAUAGUGUUAAAUGUUGUUUUUUACUAUUUUGUGUAACACAUUCCUGUUGUGAAAGUUUAUGUUUUCUGUUUUUGUGUGCACGGAUGCCGAUUCUAUCGUCGAUGCAUCGCGAUUGGACUGACAUUCAUAAAUAACUUAUCCACCGAACCACAUUCCACGAAGCGAGAUGACGCCGCAACAAUACUGCCUGAGGUGGAAACACCAUCACUCCAAUGUCCAGAGCAUGUUUGCGCAAUUGCUCGAAAAAGAGAGAUUCUGCGAUGUAACACUGUACUGCUCGCCUAACUUCGCUACACAAUUGUCAAAAGAUAUGGACACGAGUCUAAGAGGGGUGUCGGUCAGGGCUCACAGGGUGGUACUGGCUGCCUGCUCGGAACUGCUGGGCACGUUACUAGGAGCGCAUGAGGCACAAGGAGAACCAGUUUUGGUGAUAGAUGGCGCUGAGCCGCAACACGUGAGGGCCUUAUUGGACUAUAUGUAUACUGGGGAGAUGAAUGUCCAUCAUUCCCAACUCGCUGGUCUCCUAAAAACAGCUGAAGAAUUACGAAUAAAGGGCUUAACAGAUAUUCGAUGGAACAAUAAGGAUGAACCACCCGAUUGUACAUCAGGCGCCGUAACAACAACGCAGAUGAAGCAACACUCUCCCGAAGUGUAUAAAGUACCUGGCAUAACCCCUGAUAUAUUUCCUGACAAGAAUGACAAAAUACGUGACAGGCAUUCACCCGACAAGAUUGACAAGACCACGCUUGACAGAAAGUCUCCUAUCAGGAAUAAUGAUGAAGAGAAAUGUUACAAGAAUGAUUUGGAUGAUGUAGAUGUGGCGAAAGAGAAAUUCACUUUAAACGGAGGCCCGCCGCCAUUAAUAAAAUUACCAGUUAAGGAAAAAUGCAGCCCAUUAAAGAGAGAACAAUCAGAUACAGAAAGUCAAAGUCCGAAACGUCAAAGGCUCAUAAGCGGUAAUGAACAAAUGGAUGACGAAUCGUUAAACAAUAUUAAAACUGAAAAGGAUCAUGCCUGGCAACACGGCAAUUUGAAUAUAUCAGUCGAAAGAAUAGUUGGUUGGUGCGCCACAGACGCGGAAACUGGGAACUGGUCUCGCGACGGGUCGGAAGACGAGUGGGCUGAUGCACCGACGGACAUUGGUUCCUUCUUGCAUACCAAAUUGCGUGUUGACGGCGACAAUAGCGCAGAUGAAGAGUCUGACGAUAGUGCGUCUGCGAUGCCUGAAGCUCCAGCCCACGCGUCUUCAUCAUCAUCAACCACCAGUACUUCACACCUUGACUUGCCCAAACUUACCAAGGGCGGUGUCGAUCCGCGAUUCUCGGAUGUCGUAAAGUUGAACGAUUAUUUGAGGCAUGGAAGACGACCGCAGUUCUGGGAGGAGAGUUAUGUUAAACGGGUUAUGGACGCAGUACGCAUGAAAGAACUAGAGAUGAAGCAAGCCGCUGAAAUCCUGGGCGUGAGCUAUGGCACCUUGUACGGGAGGUAUCGGGAUGUCUAUGGAUGCAUUAAUAGACCUUACAGUACUAUUCGCUACACAGAACCAACAAAUAAAGGGCUGGACUCACUCGGCGGGGGCGUGGCCUGCGCUAGGGACAAGACUGGCAGCAUCAUAUUAAGACAAACGGCUCGUGACUUUUGGCAAGCGAAAGGACCUUCAGAGGUCUUGGAUCGGCUUCAGAGGGGAGAGCUGAACGUGGAGGCCGCGGCUUUGGCCCUUGGAGUGAACCCUACGAAGCUUGCAGCCUACGUUGCUGAACCAGAAGUCGCAGGAUACACAUUGCCAGCGUACAUGCCAGAUAUAACCAAGUUGUCUGAAGGAAAAAAGGAUGACGCGAACGCGGACAUCGAAUUGGCGUUCGAUCAGACUCUUCGUCCACGCUCUUAUAGUAGAAAAGAAGCAGUUAUUACAAAACAAAUAAAAAAACCUCCGGCCAAUAUGGAGGAGGACUUAUCAGCCAGCUCUUUUGAAACACCUUUUACGCCACAACCUAAUCAAAGCAAUGCGUGGCCAUCAAUCCGCGUAGCGAGCAUAGAGUCCCUCCGAGGUGGCGAAAGCACUCCCUCUCCCUCACAACUCAUGAAAACACGCCCGGAUCUGACAAUAAUAGCCGCGAAACGCGACAAGGAUGAGACGUGAUAAUACUCUGUGGUGAAUUUCCAUAUUUUUAGGCCUGUCUUUAAUAUUGUCUAGCCUUAAAAAACCUUGCUCUUAUUGGGCUGUUAAAACUACUUUAAUGUGUUCUUUCCCAAGAUUUGAGAGCUAUUAAGACGAGAUAACUCGUUAACAGUGCCACAUAGUUUUACUUGGCCGGUCAGAGCGUCGCUGUAAUGGAUGUUAGUAUUGCCAGUAAAAAAAUGAAGCAUUUAGAAGAAAAUUUGAAGCCUAACUUAAUAAUUUAUUGAAAUGUAUUAAUAAAACUAUGUAACUAUGUAUCUAGAAAAUACAGUUCUUUUCGUUCAACGCUAAAAUAAAUGUGACACAAACUUAGGAACAACUGAUAUGAUAUUUGUUAACUGUACUAUAGUUGGUGUCAGAGCUAACUGACCAUGUCAGUCUGACAUUUCAAAAUGGUUACGGUAAUACCAAUUGCAGCCGCCGGCCACGAAAAUUAUGUGGCACUGUACAAGGAAUCUAUUGUUUAUAGAUAGAGGUUUUGUGUCAAAGUAUAAUCUGUAGUUUGUCCAAAAACCCUUUUCAAAUAAUGUGCUUACAUGUCCAUUUUAAAAUUUUUUUGUUUCAAAUAUUUUUUUCAUCUUUAUUCAUAAUAACUAAACUAUUAACCGAUGAACUUGUCAGAUUUAAAAUGUUUUCAAGUCUGAUUUAGUCUUUAUGAAUAAGGAUUAUGUAUAGUCUAUGUUUGUUUGGCAUCAAUGAUGAUACAGUUUUUCAUAUAAAAAAAAACAAAUUAUCUAUGACAUUUCAUAGACCUCAAAUGAAAUGAGUUUUUUGACAUGUUCCUCUAUUUAAAUUUGUUGAUUUAUAUGUUAUUUCUUAUUUAUUAUAUAAAAAUCAAAUAUAUAUUUUAAAAGCCUUAGAGCGAUCAAUAUCAUACAAAAGUUCGACUUUUUUGAUAAUUGACAAUUUUGAUUAGUCAAAUGUCGUAGACUGAAAAAUCAUCCCUUUAUCCGCUCUAUAGUCUAUUUAUUUGCAAUUAAAACUUUUAUAUAUAAAAUACAUUUAUACAUUUUUCGAAUUUCUUUUGAAUCUUAUUUAUAGAAUUAAGUGUAAAUAACUAUUAUGACCAAUGUAAUGUUUAUUUAAAAUAAAUUAGAAUAACUUAGAUUAGCUUCAACUGUCCGUAUAGCAAGAUAUCUAUUUAUUUUUCAUAAUUAAAGUAUAUGUCAACUGUCAAAAUGUUAAAUAUCUGAAUAGUGUUAUGUCAUUUUCAUUGCCAGGGUCGUGAGAGGCAUUAGUAAUACUGUUUCCUUCUAGAUAAUAGGAAAAUAUUUUUAAUUAGAUAUUAUUUAGUCCAACUAUGAUUACGAUGGGAAAUGUAUGUAACUGGUGGCAAACAAUUCGAGAGAAAAUCAUUUAAAAAUGUUCUUAUUUAAGGAUUUUAUAAUUUCUAAUCUUCGACCCUACAAAAUACUUAGCACGACGAUGCUAACAUGUUUGAACAAAUAAACGGUAAGUGUAAAUGAACUAGAUUUUGCAAAAGUUAUAUUUUAGCAUAGAUAAAUUAUUUAUAAAGAAUAUAUCUGAUAGUUUAAGGUGUAUAAACUCAAAAUAAACCGUCGGUUAGGUGUAAUAUAGGUUUAAAUAAAACUUCACUGUUCCUGAAGCUUUUUAUUACGU